CUUGAGGCACUGAUGUUUUCACACGAUUUUAACGAAGUUUCUUAUUAUUUCAACACACCACUUGAGAUUAAUCUGAUAAUUGAUGUAGUGUUAGUGCGAAUUGUUCCCCUGGAAUAAGCUUUCGAAUCAUAACUUAUUAAUUAUCACCGAUAAUUGGAUGAAGUGAGGGAACGGGUUGAAUAACUGAAAUAGAUUUUCAUCUUCGAGAGAUCAUGUAUCGUCUCCAAUGGUGCGUGAUGGUGGGCCUAUUAUCCCAGGUGAUGUCGUUCCAGUGUCCCAAGGGUCCAGGAUGUGGAAGCUGCCAGGAGCUGCCAGAUAACACCUAUCAGGUGCACUGCGAGACAAGCGAUUUAAAUUCAGCCUUCACAGUUCACUUCAAGCCAGAGGAGUGGGUCAGAAUCGAGUGCUACAAUUCCCCGAAUUGGACGGAAUUUCACCUAGGAAAGAUCCAGCAGAUCCUCCAGGUGAACUCGAUAUCCUUCCGAAAAUGCAAAUUGCCAGAGCGAGAGAAACUGGGAGCAAUAGCCAACCAAAUCGUUGCUGAUAACAUCGAGGACUUGAUAUUCCAAUCAAUCGGUGACUUAACGCUCUCGUUGUCCAGAAAUACAUUCGCCAACUUCAAGAACGUGAAGAGACUGACCCUCUCCAGCAACGGUUUGAAAAACGUCACCGAGGAUCUCCUCCACGACAUGAAGAACCUGACACUCCUGAAUCUCCGGGAGAACAAUCUCCAUGAAUUGCCACAUGAUUUCCUCGAUCUUCCUCAUCUCAAGUCCAUCGAACUCGGUGGCAAUCACCUGGAGGUAAUCGCACCCCCGGCAUUCGAUAAAUUACCGAAGCUCACGCUCUUGAACAUUUGGAAGAAUGAAAUCAUUGAAGUAAAACCGAAAAGCUUUGACAAACUGGAGAACCUCGUGAACCUCGAUCUUCACUUGAACAGACUUGAAACACUUCCUGAGGAUCUAUUUUCCAAAUUGGGAAAACUCCAGUUCAUCAACCUGUCCCAGAACAAUUUCACUGGUGAAUCCCUUCCCGAAAAUCUCUUCAGGAACAACACCGGCCUCGAUACCGUGACUAUCCAUCCCAGGGGAUUUAAUUCCCUCGAGAAUUUACGAAUUGCCAGACUGGGAUCUAAUGAGCUCACCCUGAAGACAGACACCACGAGGUACGACGAUGAAUUUGGGCCCAAAUCACCGUUCCAUAACUGCAUGGGGACCAUUGAAGAGAUUCAUCUGGCGUACAAUAAUGUCUCCGAUAUAUUUGGUGAUUGGAUAUUCGCCAAGAGAUUGAGAACCCUCGACCUCAGCCACAAUCAGAUCACAUUCUUGCAGGAAGACGACUUUCAAUUCGUCUCCGACGAUAUCGAGGUGGACCUGUCCUCUAAUCGGAUUGAGCGAGUCAUCCUGAAAACAGUUGAGAUGUUCUCGAAGAAGGCGACUUACGUCAAGAACAUUAUGAUAUCAAUCGAGAAAAAUCCAAUUGUUUGUGACUGUAAUAUCCACGAUCUCCUGCGGUAUCGGGAGGGUAGAAUGGAUCCGACAGUGGAUAGUCAGUUCACCCUGAAGAUGAACGAGCUGAUGUGUCACAAGCCGAAGAGUCUGGAGAACGUUCUGCUGAAGGAUUUGGAGUCAAAGUCCCUGAAGUGUCUGGUGGAGGAGCCAGUGAUGUACGACGCCCAGUGUCCGGACCGCUGCAGCUGCUGGAUGAGACCAGAGGAUCAGGCCUACCUGGUGGACUGUUCCUGGAGGAACCUGAGAUCAGCACCAGCGAGCCUGAAGAGUCCCCCCAGAUUCCACGUCGAGUUAAAUCUCACUGGGAAUUAUCUGACGUCAUUUCCCUCAAUGCAUCAGCCAGGGUACAGUGCAGUGACUGUUCUGUCACUAUCUCACAAUCAGAUCGCUGAACUUCCAGUUUCUGCACUCUCUGAUAAUCUCAGCGUGUUGGAGCUGGAUGGGAAUGCCUUGAGAAGGCUGGAGACCCCAGUGCUAGAGUUUCUGGCGAAUUCAUCGAGCCUCAGGUACCUGUCACUUCAGGAGAAUCCUUGGGUCAGCGACUGCGAUGCCAGAGACUUCCUCAGCUUUGUUCAGACGAAAGUUGUGUCUAUUCCAGAACUCCAGAGAAUUACUUUUCACCUCUCUGAUGUACCUGUUUUCGAGAUGACACCAGAGGAAUUAUGUCCACCUGUUGUCGGUUGGGUCAUCGGUCUCUGCAUUGGUAUUGCUGUACUUGGGGUGAUUGUUGGUGCACUUGCUGCUGUUUAUUAUCGUUAUCAGCGGGAGAUCAAGGUGUGGCUGUAUGCCAGGCAGUGGUGUCUCUGGCUGGUUAGCGAGGAUGAGCUGGACAAGGACAAGUUGUAUGACGCAUUCGUCAGUUACUCGCACAAGGACGAGGAGUUUGUGGUGAAUAAUUUGAUAAGGACUUUGGAGGGUGGGACUGAACCGUUCAAACUCUGUGUACAUUAUCGUGAUUGGAAGGCUGGCGAUUGGAUACCAGAGCAGAUAGCACGGUCUGUUGAUGAGUCCAGGCGGACCAUUGUUGUCUUGUCACCGAAUUUUUUGGAGAGUGUCUGGGGGAAAAUGGAAUUCAGAACAGCUCAUACACAGGCACUCAGUGAGGGGAGGGCUAGGGUUAUUGUUGUACUUUAUGGAGAUGUUGGAUCUAUUGAUCAGCUUGAGCCUGAGCUCAAGGCUUAUUUAAGUAUGAAUACUUAUGUCAAGUGGGGGGAUCCUUGGUUCUGGGAUAAGUUGAGGUAUGCGUUGCCUCAUCAUGAUGAUCUUAGGAGGGAAAAGGCUAAGGCCAGUGUCUUUCAGGGACAACAACCUGUCUUUCAGAUUGUCACGGAAAAGGGCGGAAUUGGGGUUUAGAGCGUUUGAGGAGGGGCAUUUUAUCGACUGAUAAGGCAGUGAAUUUGAUGAGAGAUUUUUGGGAUUUCACCCAAUUUUAGUCACUACUGCCGAAUUACUCAAUCUACCUGGUAUCCUGUGGUGUAACACUGGAGCAUGUUAAUUUAAGCCAUGACAUUGUGAUAUGUUUCUUUGUUUUUUUAAAUCUUUUUUAGAAUGUCUAGGGAUUUGACUGUAAUUUAUAUCUCUCAUGUAGAUAGCCAUGAUGUAAAUAAAGUUUUUUCAUUUUCAUAAUUUUAAAAA